GAGGGUAGGAGACGAGUGCGGUGAAGCCAAGGGCUAAUGAGGAGGAGAACAAGAGAGGAAGUCAGUCUUUAGCUUACAAUUUGAGCUCCAAUAAUGGCGGGGGCAUAAACCAAGUUGAGGCUCAAAUGGGUGAAGAACAAGAGCCCAGACCAUAUCAUCGAUACUGAGACCAAUCUUAACGCAGCUUUCCUUCUCAAGAAUGCUUCAAGCGCUCACCUAUCGACUUCCUCACCGCAAAGUCUUCUGCCGAUUGGCCAAAAACUUCUAGGCUUCACAGUAGCUAUUCUUGGCUUUCUCCGCAGGUACUAAGCUCUAUUUCACUAAUUUGCGAAUCCUUUUUGUGUGGUUCUUGCUUUGUCUUUGGAUAGGAAAUUGCAUGAAAUAUAGUGAAUUUGAGAGUUUCCUAAUGUAGGAUUUUUCUCUUCCUUUUCUAUGAUUAUUACUUGCUGGUAUGCUUCGUUUAGUUCGUGGGAUUUAUAUUGCAGAGGGAAUUUUUGUCCACUCCACCCCAUCAGAGAUAUUAUUGCAUUUCUUGGAUGUUUCUCCUAAUUUUUUGGGUUAGCACCUGUUACUUGUUUUAAAGGAAUGCUGCCCCAUGACAAAGAAAUUUUCCACAGCUGACUAUCUGGCAGUGGAGUCCUUAUUGGAAGUCUUGGAUGAGGAUAGCUUGAGGAAAGACACAGCUCUUGCUUCUCCAAAGUGGUCCUUGGAUCAUAUAGCUCUUUUAUCUGAGCUUCGCUGCAUACCUAGGCUUAGACGCUGACAUUCUAGGUAUGCUUUUUACUGAGUCAAUGCACUCUAUUUUAUCAAAAGCUAUAGGAUAAGAAUUUUCUGUAUGUGUUUUAAGGUAGAAUGUCAUGGCUAUUUUCAAGCUGACCAACCAUUAGUUGUGGUUGUCAAAUGCCUGGAGGUUCAAAUUUCACCUCCUUGGCUUCAGUAGAAGAUAAAUGUUCUGGUCUCUCUAGUCAUUAAUGCAUCUGGUUAUGGGCUUCAGAUCUGGAGAUGCCCUAGAAAGUGGGGAAGGAGAAGCUGAUGAUACAGAUACAUUAUUGUAAGAAGAGUAGGUGAUCCACCCUGUGUUCGUACUCAAAAGGAUUGAUGAUAGGAUCCUUGCAAUGAUUUGCUUUGUAUUAUGGCGCCUUUGUUUCAUAGGAAAAUCAUGGUCAUGCCCUUUUUCAAUUCCUUUCCCCCUUGUCAUUUCUGUCGAGUGGCCCAGUAUAAUUAGUUAUUGUCUUGUACUUUACUUCUCUAUGCAAAGUAUAUGGAUGGCGGCAUUGCGAUUGUUUGCAUGCCCCCUUCUUCCAUCUUUGGCCCUAUGUUUCUCCCUCCUUUUUCUUCAUUGAGGAAUAAAAAUCGAAGUUCUUA